AUGCGUUCAUUCGCAACGGCACUCCUCCUCCCCCUCGCGCUCGCUUCCCCGCUUGCCAAGCGAUCGUCCAACGCCCGUCUCGCCCCUCUCCGCGAGGAGGGUGAGAGCAUUGAGGAUGCUUACAUUGUCGUCCUCAAGAAGGACAUUAGCCCUCAUAUAAUGGCUCUUCACCUGGGGAGCGUCGAGGAGACCAAUGGGCUCGACCCCCUGUUGACCUUCACUGCCGACGGCGAGCGCGUCGACGAGUCUGGCGUUACCCACGUCUACAUGCCCUCGUCCGACCUCACCUACUUUGGCUACGCCGGAAAGUUCGCCCCUCAGACCCUCGACUCCAUUCGCGCUUCGCCCGAGGUCGCUUACGUUGAGCGGGACCAGCGCGUCUACACCCAGGACAACUUCCACGGUGUUGACGAUGCCUUGGCGUCCGACUCGCACAUCUCCACCGAGCUCGGUGCGCCAUGGGGUCUUGCCCGGAUCAGUCACCGCGCCCAGCUUCACUUGAGCACAUUCACCAAGUACCUCUACGACGACAGAGGUGGAGAGGGUGUUACCGCCUACGUCAUUGACACCGGAAUCAACGUCGACCACGUCGAGUUUGAGGGCCGCGCACGCUGGGGCAAGACCAUCCCCAAGAACGACGUCGACAAGGACGGAAACGGUCACGGUACCCACUGCGCCGGUACUAUCGCUUCCCGCAAGUACGGUGUGGCCAAGGCCGCCGAGGUCGUCGCUGUCAAGGUUCUCGGUUCGAACGGGUCGGGAAGCAUGAGCGAUGUCGUUGCUGGUGUCGUCUGGGCUGCUGAGCAGGCUGCCAAGGCCGACGCCGACGCCGAGAAGGAGCUCGUCAAGACCGGCAAGACCAAGCACAAGGGAUCCGUCGCCAACAUGUCCCUCGGUGGUGGCAAGGCGCAGUCUCUUGACGACGCCGUCAACGCUGCCGUCGAGUCUGGUCUCCACUUUGCCGUCGCUGCUGGAAACGACAACAAGGACGCCUGCAACUACUCGCCUGCCCGCGCCGGAAAGGCCGUGACCGUCGGUGCCUCCACCCUUGGGGACGACCGCGCCUACUUCUCCAACCACGGCAAGUGCGUCGACGUCUUUGCGCCCGGACUCAACAUCCUCUCCACCUGGAACAGUGGUAACCAGUCCACCAACACCAUCUCGGGUACCUCGAUGGCCAGCCCCCACAUCUGCGGUCUCCUCGCUUACCUCCUCUCUAUCCACGGUACCGAGACCUUCGACCUCGCCGAGCACCGCGGAGCCAGCGCGGCUGCGAUCGAGUCGGACGCGUCCGUCUACGCCCGGGCUUACUCGCUCCUUCCCCCUAUGCUCCGCGCUAUCCUCCCCGCUCCCGGGACCCUCAACUUUGCCCCCGCCCCCAAGCACAGCGACAAGGUUACUCCGGCUCAGCUCAAGAAGGCGCUUUUGGGCCUUUCGUCCUCGGGCAAGCUCACCGACCUCCCGGCCGGGACCCCCAAUCUCUUGGCGUUUAACAAUGCCACCUCAGAGAAGACGAAGUAA